AUGGAAAAGAUUCAAAGGAUUCUAAACUAUGAACACAGCUACAUAGUGGAAUCAAUGGAAAGAGCAGGUGGCAUGGUCUUAUACUGGAGUGCACAUACCAAAGUACUGCAGGUGCAACACACGGCCUUCACUUUAGAGGCUCAUAUAGAGGACCAAAGCAGCAGCAGUGACUGGUGGAUGGUUGGGAUCUAUGCUAGCUGUGAUGACUCAAUAAGAAGACAGCAAUGGUCAGUCAUACAAAGAAGGAAACAUCUAUGGGGUAAUAGAUGGAUAAUAGUAGGGGAUUUCAAUGACAUUUGUUCCAACAAGGAGAAAUGGGGAGGAAGGAUAAGAGAAGAGUGGACUUUCAAUGACUUCAGGAACUUUAUCAAUGAGAAUCAGUUGGUUGACAUUGGUUACGAAGGACAGCCUUGGACCUGGAGCAAUAACUGGGAGGGGGAUGGUGAGAUUAAACAAAGGCUUCAUAGGACACUGAGCAGUGUACAAUGGAAUCUGAAAUUUGAAAAGGCAAAAUGCACUCACAUUAAGUCUCAUGCGUCUGAUCACAGUGCUCUACUGUUGGAUACUAACCCCAUGAAAAGGAACAGGAAAAAAAGAUUCUUCUUUGACAAAAGAUGGCUUCAAAGGGAAGGAAUAACUCAGGUAAUCAAGGAAGCUUGGGACAAGAAUGUAGAGGGGUCCAGGAUGUUUCACAUUAAGACAAAAGUGAGGAAUUGCAGAAUAGCUCUACUUAGAUGGAGCAACAAAAGCAACAAGAACUCUAGGAAAAGGAUUGAGAGUAUAAAGGAGAAGUUGGAUCAGAUCCAAGGAACAUCACUGCCAAGUAUCAGAAAGGAAAAGGCUUCUCUUAAAAUGCAGUUGAAGGAAGCUUACAAGGAUGAGGAAAUGUUUUGGAGCCAGAAAGCUAGACUCAGAUGGCUACAAGAAGGAGACAAGAAUACUCAGUUCUUCCAUACACAGGUUAACAGUAGAAGGAAGAUGAAUAGAAUGCAGCAACUACAAAAGGAAGAUGGGACAUGGGCAGAAAAUGAGGCUGAACUGGGAGCUGAAAUUGGUAACUACUACAGGCAACUCUUUACCAAAUCAACCGAGAGUAGUAAUCAUGAGAUUCUAGCUGGAAUCCCAAAAUCCAUAUCUGAGACUAUGAACCAGGAUCUAACUAAGGAUGUAACAGAAGAGGAAAUCAAAUCUGCAAUCUUCUCUAUGGAUAGCAACAAGGCUCCUGGCAUAGAUGGGAUGUCCCCCCUUUUUUUCCAAAAAUUCUGGGAUAUAAUCAAAGGAGACCUGGCUAUCAACCAUACCAUCAUUUCCUUGAUCCCAAAAGUCCCCUGCCCCACCAACAUCAAGCAAUACAGACCCAUUAGCCUUUGUAGUGUAAUUUACAAAGUUAUUGCCAAAAUUUUAGUCAAUAGGCUCAAACCAAUUUUGCAUCAUUGCAUCAGCAUUAAUCAAUCUGCUUUUAUCCCUGGGAGACACAUUCUUGAUAACAUCAUUAUCUCUCAUGAGUACUUGCAUCAUCUUAAAAACAAAAGGCACGGUAAGGAUGGAUUUAUGGCUGUGAAGCUUGAUAUGUCUAAGGCCUAUGAUAGAAUAGAAUGGCAUUUUUUGCAAGUUAUGAUGGAAAAAAUGAGGUUCUGUGAGAAAUGGAUAACAUGGAUUAUGAAGUGCAUAAGUACAGUCUCCUUCUCCUUUAACAUCAAUGGAGAGUGUAAGGAAUACAUUGUACCAGAAAGAGGGAUAAGACAAGGUGACCCUCUGUCACCUUAUCUAUUUCUUAUAUGUUCAGAAGGCUUCUCUAGCCUGCUGAAGAGAGCAACACAGACAAGGAAUAUGGCUGGCAUGAAGAUAAGCAGACAUGGUCCCUCAAUAACCCAUCUUUUUUUUGCUGAUGACUCCCUGAUCUUCUGCAAAGCCAACUCUCAAGAAGCAAAGGAGCUGAAGAGGAUACUAGAGGUAUAUGAACAAGAAUCUGGUCAGAUGGUUAACUUAGACAAAUCUAGUGUAUUUUUUAGCAAAAAUGUGAAUUUAGCAACAAAGGAGGACGUGUGUACGGAACUAGGAGGUAUUCAACCAGUAUCACAAGGGAAGUACCUAGGAUUGGCCAUGGUGAUAUCAAGGUCUAAAGGACAGCUGUUAUGCAAAGAGAUAAGCUAUGCUUUUCAAUUUCUGGUGGGAGAAAAAGACAACAAGAAUAAGGUUCACUGGGUAGCUUGGAAGCAGUUGACAAGGGAGAAAAAACGAGGAGAUUUGGAGAAUCAUCAGAAAUCCAAAUCUGUUAUCCAACAAAAAAUUCUGAAAAGCAAGUACUUCCCAAAUUGCAGUGUGCUGGAUUGCAAAACUCCCAACAAUGCUUCAUGGUUUUGGCAAAGCAUCAUGAGUGCAAGAGAAGAGCUUCAAUGGGGGAUACGGAAAAGGAUAGGGAAUGGACUUUUAACAAGAAUUUGGGAAGAUCAAUGGAUUCCAAACCAACAUUUAGGGAGACCUGUCACAACCAAGCCAGAAGAUUGUCAAGUACAGAAAGUUGCUGAUUUGAUAGAAGGCUACAGGUGGAAUAGGAAUCUCAUCUUCAAAAAUUUCAAAAAGGAAGAUGCUGAAAACAUUCUCAAGAUCCCCAUAAGUAUUACAGGAAGAGAGGAUGACUUCUUCUGGACAGAAAACCAAAAAGAGGAGUACACGGUACAAUCAGGCUACAAGGCAAUCCAAACUAAGAAAGAACAAGAGGGCAGAGGGAGAAGAGAAAGGAUUGAGCCCAGCAACAGACCAAGAAAGAAUGACAUGUUGAGAGUGCUGUGGAGCCUAAGAAUCAGUCACAAAGUUAAGAUCUUCAUAUGGAAAGGCCUGAAAGAAGCAAUUCCAAUCAAAGAAUUAAUCUGGAGAAGAAUGUCAAAAGGAGACCCUAUAUGCUUAGGUUGUGGAGAGGAGCUAGAAACCUUGGAACAUCUACUGCUGAAAUGCAAGAAAGCAAAGGAGAUCUGGAAAGCUACACCAAUACAAUGGGAUGGGAUUCAGGAGCUGACUGGGAAUUUCAACAGCUGGUGGGCUGCAUUAUCCGAAGCAAUUCAGAGAGAUCAGGGGAUGGACCAUAUAUCUCUUACAUCAUAUAUUCUUUGGCAAAUUUGGAAAAGCAGGAACGAUAAAGAGUUCAACAACAAAACACAUGAUCCAGCACAAGUGAUCAACAAAGCCUGGAAUGCUUGGAUGGAGUUCAAUGAAGGGAUAAAAAAGGCUAGGAGGUGUAGCAUUGAACAAACAACAGCACCACUUCAAAUGGAGGAACAAGAAGCUAGCCAAAACCCAGACAAUAGAUCAGCAGGAAUGCAUAUAAGAAUAGCAACCAAGUGGAACAAGGCAUCAAAGUCCAUUGGGUAUGGUAUUGUAGCAGCUGACUGUAGAGGGCAGGAUGUGAUGGGAUGGAAAAUGAGGGAAAACGAAAGCUGA